CUCUAUGAUCACUUCAACGUGGUUGCCCAAGUCGUUUCCAUUAGAAUUUGCAGGGACUCUUCAACUCAGAAAUCCCUCGGUUACGGCUACGUCUAUUUCAGUAACGUUCAGAAUGCCGCAAAAGCAUUGUAUGAGCUAAAUUUCAGUGUGUUGAAAGGCAAACCCAUUAGGGUAAUGUACUCUAAUCGGGACCCUACUCUUCGUAGGACUGGUGCAGCUAACCUUUUUAUAAAGGUGCCUUUUGCAGAUUCUUCCCCCUUGAUGAGUAUUAUUGAAUCUUUUUCUGCUUGCUCAUUGAAUCUUAAUUUGGAUAAGUCAAUCGAUCACAGGGAUCUAUUCGAUGUUUUUGCGACUUUUGGAAAUAUUCUAUCUUGCAAGGUUGCGAGGGAUGCUUCUGGCGUGUCUAAAGAUCAUGCUUUUGUGCAGUAUGAUAACGAAGACUCUGCAAAAGAGGCUACUGACAGGUUAAAUGGCAUGCUGCUCAAUGAUAAGAAGGUCUAUGUGGGUCCUUUCAUGCGAAUGACAGGUUAA